AUGGAGAGAAGUGCACAGGAGGCUGUUCCAAGAGUUGGUGCGCCUUCAAGGGAGAAAUUUCAAGUGCGGUUUCUUCUGAAUAAAAUCCUUAUCGUCUACAAAGACAAGCAAUAUGUAAAGAAGAAGAGCAUUAUUGAACUGGGUACGAAGUUCUUGGAGAAUGGUGUUCUAAAUAUUGACCCUUUAGAAUGGGAUUUCCUGAAAAGCAAACCUAGAAUAGAAAUUUUCUCUAAAUUACUCAACGACCGUUCCAGUGUUCACGAUACUUUUAAGACAAGAGAUGUUUGCAUGGAUUGGGUUUACGGAAUAACCCCGAUGGAUUACAUGGAUUUUCUAGAAGAAGAGAUUAAAUUUGUGCUAAGUAGUCUUUGUGAUACAAAGUCAGCUUAUCGAGUGUCUGAAAAAUGGUGUCAGGAAAAUAUUUUUAAAACCGAGGACAAUCCAGACGUUAAGGAAACAAUAUGUAAAGCAGUGGGCUGGACGGACAAAAAAUCCUUAGUAUCUGAUUUAAAAUAUGAAUUGGAAACGGCAACGGAGGAAUAUUGGACAUUUCAGAAAGAUUGGGUGACAGCAACACUAGAAAAUUCUGGGGAAGUUAUGUGGAAUCCACUUUUGUUUGAUUUAUGUGCCACCAAGUUUAACAAACAAGUAUCCGUAAUUGCCAACAUGACAUAUAGAGGCAGUAAACACACACCCGCUAUAUGUGAGUGUCGAGUAUAUCCAAAGAGAGACCUUCAAAGGGAUACUGCAAAUCUAACAUUUAUACGAAUGAAAUAUGAAAAAUACGUGUAUGCUGUUGAAGAAGUUGCAUCAGUCGAUUUAUCUACACUUCUAGAUAAAUUGGAUAAACAUCUUGGAACCAAGGAGGUAACACAGACGGGAAACUAUUCUAAAAUAGCUCACAUAUCCGAAGAAGUAAAGGAAUACCUUAAACAAAUGGAAACAAAGAACUGUAAACUUAUUUCCGAUUAAAUGAGGACGUGCAUGGAAGCUUGCAAAAAGUCGUUAUCAAUAAUAACAAAAAGAUAGAAGAAAAGGAAGACCUCUUGCGUCAACUGAACUCAAAGUCUCAGAAACAAGUAGAUGAGGUCACAGAACUUCAGAAAAAUAUACAGGAACUGACACUUGAAAACGAAAGAUUGAAAAGCACAGAAAUAGUAUCGCUAGAGAAAGAAAUCGAAUCUUUAAGACAGAAAAAUAGAAAAUUAACUACACAGAAUACAAACGUCAAAUCUAGACUAGAAAUGUAUGAGAAGGAAAUUAAAGAGCAAAGGAAAAAACUAAAAGAACAAGAUCGCAGAAUAGCCCAACAAGAUGACAAAAUAGCAAAGCAAGAUGAAAAGAUAGCGCAACAGGAUGAUGAAAUUAGAGCUCAAUGUGAUAAAACUAAAUAUCAAGAUGAACGAAUUUUAAGCGUAAAAUCGGCACAAGUGGUAGUUCUAGCAACAUUCGGCAUAUUGAUGUAAAAAGUACAUCGUCAGGGUCUAUAAAAUCUGUAAAUCACUACUAGGGACUUUCUUUUUUUUCCAUGAAGAUUCUUAAUUUUUGACAAAAUUAACAAUUUUAAUUUGAUGAUAUAUAUCAAAACUUGUU